AUGUCAAGCCAAUCGCCGUUACCUCAACCACCUCAGAACGUGGUCAUUGACACUGCCUCUCUUCCGCCGGCCUCCUCUUCGUCGGUGUGGGACCGUGUUUCGAAAUGGGUGUCCGAGAAUAAGGCCCUGGUCUACACCGUCGCCGGUGUUGCCGUCGUCGUAACCAGCGCCGGUGUCGUGUACUACCUGUCCGACUCCAAGACGAGCCAGACCCCCCCGUCCGGGGAGAAGAAGAAGAGCAAGAACCAGAGGCGGAAAGAGAAGAAGAAGGCGGAGGAUCAGAAGGCCAAGGCCGCCUCGUCCCAGAACGUCCUUUCAGAGUCAGCCAAGAAGGCGGAAGAGCCUUCGGAGGAGCUUCCCGAAGUUGAUGAGGAAACUGUUGGCCAGUUGUCGGAGGAGACCCGAAACGCUUACGCCAACAAGCUCAAGGCUGCCGGAAACAAGGCCUACGGCUCCAAGGACUACAACAACGCGAUCGAGCUGUACGGAAAGGCCAUCAUCUGCAAGCCGGACCCCGUGUUCUACUCCAACCGUGCCGCCUGCUACAAUGUUCUGUCCGAGUGGGACAAGGUCGUCGAAGACACCUCCGCCGCCAUUGCCAUGGACAGCGAGUAUGUCAAGGCCCUGAACAGGAGAGCCAUCGCCUACGAGCACCAGGAGAAGUACAGCGAAGCCCUUCUCGAUUUCACCGCCAGCUGCAUCAUCGAUAGCUUCUCCAACGAAGUGAGCCGUGUCGCGCUGGAGAGACUUCUGAAGAAGGUGGCGGACAAGAAGGGUAAGGCCAUCCUCGAGGCCAAGGGCCGGAAGCUUCCUAGCCCGACUUUCGUGUCCAACUACCUGCAGAGCUUCCGUCCUCAGUCGCUCCCCGAGGGUCUCGACGAGGCUGCCGACCUGAGCGAAGACUCUGGCAAGGGCCAGCUGCGUAAGGGUCUGGUGGCUAUGGCCAAGAAGACGGGCGACGGAUACGAGACUGCUGCCUCCUCUUUCGAGAAGGCGUUGGAAGUUGGUGACUUGGGCGAAUUCGAGGCCUUGGCUCUGAACAUGCGAGCCACCUUCACUUAUCUGUCCGGCAACGCCCUGGCUGCCCUGACCGACCUGAACAAGAGCAUUGAACUGCAGCCUGCCUUGGUACAGAGCUACAUCAAGCGCGCUAGCUUGCAUCUGGAGCUUGGAAACAAGGAUGCUGCUGGCGAUGAUUUCGAGCUCGCCAUCGCUCAGAACAAGGAUGACCCCGAUAUCUACUACCACCGUGCUCAGCUCCACUUCAUCCUCGGCGAGUUCGCCGAGGCCGCCAAGGAUUACCAGAAGUCGAUCGACCUGGACCGUACCUUCAUCUACUCUCACAUCCAGCUGGGUGUGACGCAGUACAAGAUGGGCUCUGUGGCCUCCGCCAUGGCCACUUUCCGGAGAUCGGUCAAGAACUUCGAGGACAUCCCGGACGUGUACAACUACUACGGCGAGCUCCUCCUCGACCAGCAGAACUUCGCCGAGGCCAUCGAGAAGUUCGACAAGGCCGUGGAGAUGGAGAAGCAGAGCAAGCCGCUGGGCAUCAACGUGCUUCCCCUCAUCAACAAGGCUCUCGCCUUGUUCCAGUGGAAGCACGACUUCCAGGAGGCCGAGAACCUCUGCCAGAAGGCUCUGAUCAUCGAUCCCGAAUGCGACAUCGCCGUCGGCACCCUGGCCCAGCUUCUCCUGCAGCAGGGCAAGGUUUCCGAGGCGCUCAAGUACUUCGAGCGUGCCGCCGAACUGGCCCGCACCGAGGCGGAGAUCACCAACGCCAUCUCUUAUGCGGAGGCUACCCGCACCCAGUUGGAGGUGCAAGAGAAGUACCCCCGACUGGCGGCCCGCCUGCAACAGAUGGGUGCCGGUCUGGGCGGUGCCCCUCCCAUGUAA